AUGGAUGCAGAGAUGGCCUCCUACAGGUCCACAGGCACUUACGUUGACGAGGUUCCCCCCCCAGGGGCGAACAUUGUUGACGGCAUGUGGAUCUUCAAGGUGAAGCGGCCGCCGGGAUCUCCUCCAGUCUUCAAGGCACGCUACGUGGCUAGAGGUUUCAGUCAGCGUGAGGGAGUUGACUUCUUUCAGACCUUUGCGCCCACCCCAAAGAUGACCACUCUUCGGGUGUUACUGCACGUAGCAGCGCAGAGAGACUACGAGCUACACUCUCUCGACUUCUCCACUGCCUUCUUGCAGGGCAGCCUACACGAGGAGAUCUGGCUGCGUCGUCCUCCGGGCUUCACUGGCACUUUCCCGCCUGGGACCCAGUGGAGCCUCAGACGACCGGUCUACGGUCUCCGCCAGGCACCCCGUGAGUGGCACGACACUCUCCGCUCUACUCUGUCCGACCUUGGGUUUGAGCCGUCUUCCGCCGACCCGUCGCUGUUUGUUCGUCGUGGGCGCACACCUUUCUUUGUUCUUGUCUACGUUGACGACCUGGUUUUUGCCACAGCCGACACAGUCGCACUGGCGGAGGUGAAGUCCGAACUGCAGAAGAGACACACCUGCACUGACCUUGGGGAACUGCGCCGCUACCUUGGCCUGCAGAUCUCCAGGGACAGAGCCGCUCGCACCAUCACUCUGACUUAG